AUGGCCAUGACAUUUAAUUGGAAGCUUGCUUUUGUAGCUCUUCUAGUGUUGGGAAUGCAGGCUUCUCAAGCCACAUCUCGCGGCUUGUAUGAAACAUCAAUUGUCAAGAAACACGAGCAGUGGAUGGCUCGCUUUGGGCGUGUGUACAAAGAUGAUGUAGAGAAGGCAAAAAGAUUCAAAAUUUUCAAGGACAACACUGAGUACAUUGAUUCCGUCAACAUGGCUGGAAUCAAGCCUUACAAGUUGGACGUCAAUGAAUUUUCUGAUUUGACGAAUGAGGAAUUUAGAGCCACUCACAAUGGGUAUAGAAUGCCUUCUCAAAAGAAAUACCCUGAGAUCACAUCAUUCAAAUACGAAAACGUCACUGCUCCAGCUACUAUGGAUUGGAGAUUGAAAGGUGCUGUUACUGGAAUUAAGAAUCAAGGGCAGUGUGGAUGUUGCUGGGCAUUUUCUGCUGUUGCUGCUACAGAAGGAAUCAACAAGAUCAAAACUGGUAAAUUGAUUUCUUUAUCCGAGCAGGAACUCGUGGACUGUGACACAAGUUCUGAUAUGGGAUGUGAAGGAGGUCUCAUGGAUGAUGCAUUUAAGUUUAUCAUCAAGAACCAUGGGCUUACUACUGAAUCCAAUUACCCAUACGAGGGAACGGAUAACACUUGCAAAACCGGCAAGGAAUCUAACCAUGCUGCAAAGAUUACUAGUUACGAAGAUGUUCCAGCUAACAGUGAGUCUGCUCUACUAAAAGCUGUAGCUAACCAACCUGUAUCUGUCGCGAUUGAUGCUAGUGGAUCAGAUUUUCAGUUCUACUCAAGUGGUGUUUUUACCGGAGAAUGUGGAACUGAGUUAGAUCACGGUGUUACAGCAGUUGGGUAUGGCGAAGCUAGCGAUGGGACGAAGUAUUGGCUAGUGAAGAACUCGUGGGGAACGAGUUGGGGCGAGAAUGGUUACAUUAGAAUGCAAAGAAAUGUCGAUACUGAGGAAGGACUCUGCGGAAUUGCUAUGGAAGCUUCUUAUCCAACUGCUUAAGUAUAGAAAUUAUGAA